ACUUGGCAGCAAUGGCGCAAUGCAAGGUGUGGCGAAGUCUUAAUGGAGUAGCGUGGUGACUAACGAAAACAAUCGACGAACGAAUUGUUCAAGGUAGCUGGUUUUACGCAAGUUUUCUCCAGAGUUCACCAUGUCGGUGGACAAACAAGAGUACCACAAGGCGUCCAAUGCCGUUGUAUUUGGUGGAGUGCUGACAUAUGUGGCUGGAGUGUUCUUAGUGAUGGCCUUCACAAGUCCAUAUUGGAUCGAGUCAUAUCAGGAGACGUUCAGCAACUUUAAACACAUGGGUCUCUGGGAAUAUUGCUUCGAACAGUUCCGUUACCCAUCUUACCAAUUUGACAAGCAAUUUGAUGGUUGUCACCAUGUCUUUUCACAUGAGUACUACGUCAUACGGGAGUGGCUGUUGCCUAUGUGGCUCAUGAUCGUGCAAGCAUUCGUCACACUGGCCUUAUUGUUGUCUUUCUUCGCGCAGAUCACAAUAGUCAUGAUACUCAUACGUUGGCCAUUGCAAUUCGUUCUACGUUACGAGUGGAUUCUCUCAUCUGUUGCUUUCCUGUGCAAUGCAGUUGCUGGUGGCUUGCUCUUCUUGGCAGUAUCGAUAUUCGGCGGGCAAUGCUGGCGUCGCGACUGGCUGAUGUAUCCGAACUUUAACCAUCUGUCGUGGUCGUAUGGUCUCGCAGUAAUAUCGUUCAUGUUCCACACGUUAGGCGCGUUCUUCCUCUACCUGGACGCACGGACAGGUUACAAAUUGCGCAAGGAGUCGCGCAAUCUCGUCAUGCAGAUGCAACCAAAUUCGCAGUCUCAUCACGCACCGUCGUCGCGUAGCGGAUAUGUAUAAAUUAGAAGCGUGUUUCCGUGGAAACAAGUCUGCCAACUCAGUUUCCGCGUGGAUGUUUCGGUUCUGUCAAACGAGUGAAAGACAGACCAGUCUCUUGAUAGAGAGGCAUGAAACCAAGUACAAGUUUGAUCCGUCCAAUUUGAUCUUGUAAUUUUUUCUACAAAAGAAUUCUAUAAAGACGACGUAACAGAAGAAUCUGAUAGAUUCGGUCGCGAUUGAACGUGCGUUAUUCAAAUUCUCGUUUUUAUUCAGGUAUAUUCUUCUUUUAUCAAUAUUUAUAUUUACGUUGACUUGUUUACGCUAAACACUACCUAUCCAUAUUGUUGCAUUCAAACAUUUAGAUGACGCAUAAUUUAUAUAUAUAUAUAUAUAUAUAUAUAUAUAUAUAUAUAUAUAUAUUCUAUGAGAACUUAUAUCACGCGUAAUUUAUGUAUAAAUCUUAUGAAGAGACGACGUAAACGAUGAAUCUCUCUCUUUGACAAAUUCAAUCACGAUUAAACACAUUGAGAUUUUUUUAUUUAGAUAUAUUCUUUUUUUUACGCUGAUUUACUUGCGCUAAACAUUCCGUUCAAAUUGUUGCGUACAAGUACCUAGAUCACACGCGUAAUUUAUAUAUAUUCUCUAUAAAAGUAUUAUAAAAAAUAGUCAGUACUACAUCACUUAACUCACGAUAAAAAUAUAGAAUAUUAACGAACAAAUAAAUACCUCUUUUUCAUGGAAA